GAGCCAGUAGGCAAAGGGUUUCCCCCAGUUACAGACGGACGCAAACAUCCAUCGAUCCACCCACUACUGGGCUGGCUUGGCUAAUGGCUAUUAGCAAGCUCGCGAGGCCCGUACGCCCCAAAAGCUAGCUGAACGGAUGCAGAGACUUCAGACUCCAUUGCCCACCGUUCGAGUGGCCAAGAACUUGAAUGCUCUCCUCUAUUCUCUUAUAAAUAGUAGCGAGCUCGAUUCGAUCGUCCCGGCUACGUUCACCCAGCAGCUGGCCACAGGCCACUGAUCAAAGAAACCGUCAAGAGAGCCAAGGAGGAAGAGGAGAAGAAAGGGAGGGAGCCACGAACAAAGCUAGGCGGCUGGGCCAAUGGCGCUGCGCGACGUGCUGCUGUCGAUCGCGCAGACGCCGCACCGGCUGCGGAGGAGGGCGCUGGUGACGUGGACGCCGGCGCAGGAGCUGAACGAGGUGCGGGACCGGUCGGGGGCGCGCAUGAAGCGGCGGCUCGAGUGGUACGACCUCGUCGGGCUCGGCGUCGGCGGGAUGCUCGGCGCGGGGGUCUUCGUCACCACGGGGAAGGUGGCGCGCGACACCGCGGGGCCCGCCGUCUUCGCGUCCUACGUCAUCGCCGGAGUCUCCGCGCUGCUGUCGUCCUUCUGCUACGCCGAGUUCGCCGUGCGCGUUCCCGUCGCCGGCGGCGCCUUCAGCUACCUCAGAGUAACGUUCGGCGAGUUCGUGGGGUUCUUUGGUGGAGCCAACAUUCUGAUGGAGUACGUGCUGUCGAACGCGGCGGUGGCGAGGAGUUUCACGGACUACCUGGCCUCGACGUUCGGGGUCACGGAGCCCAACGCGUGGAGGAUCAUCGUCGCCGGCAUCGCCGAGGGGUACAACGCGCUGGACGUGCCGGCCGUCGCGCUCAUCGUCCUCAUAACCGUAUGCUUGUGCUAUAGCACCAAGGAGAGCUCGAUGCUGAACAUGGUGCUCACGGUGUUCCACCUGCUCUUCUUCGCCUUCAUCAUCGUGGCCGGCCUGUGGAACGGCAGCGCGAGGAACCUCGUGCGGCCGCACGGGCUGGCCCCCUACGGCGUCCGCGGCAUCCUGGACGGCGCGGCCAUCGUCUACUUCAGCUACAUCGGGUACGACUCGGCAUCCACCAUGGCCGAGGAGAUCCGGGACCCUGCCCGCGCGCUCCCCGUCGGCAUCGCCGGCUCGGUGCUCGUCGUGUCCGCGCUCUACUGCCUCAUGUCCGUCGCCCUCUGCGUCAUGCUGCCCUACACCGAGAUAACGGAGACCGCGCCGUUCUCGUCGGCGUUCAGGGAGAAGGUGGGCUGGAGGUGGGCGAGCAGCGUGGUCGGCGCCGGCGCGAGCCUCGGCAUCGUGGCGUCGCUGCUGGUGGCGAUGCUGGGGCAGGCCAGGUACCUGUGCGUGAUCGCCAGGGCGCGCCUGGUGCCGUCGUGGCUCGCCAAGGUCCACCCUUCCACGGGCACUCCUAUGAACGCCACCAUUUUUCUAGGCUUCUGCACUGCAUCAUUAGCACUCUUCACGGAGCUGCAGAUAGUGUUUGAGAUGAUAUCCAUCGGGACAUUGCUGGUCUUCUACCUAGUGGCCAACGCACUCAUCUACCACCGGUAUGUGAAGGUCGGCGUGAACCGCCCGCUCCAUGUCCUCCUUUUCCUGCUGGUGCUCACGCUGAGUUCUCUCGGCUUCUCCCUCUCGAGGAAGAUCGACGGGUGGUGCCGAUGGGGGAUGGCAUUGUUCGGGGCCAUCUCCAUAGCAAUUACCACAAUCUUCCAUUGCACAGCACGGCAGGACAUCGCUGGACCACCAUCGGAGUGGUCGGUCCCUCUGAUGCCAUGGCCUGCUGCUGCAUCUGUCUUCCUGAACGUGUUCCUGAUAACCACCCUCAAGAUGAGGUCCUAUCUGAGGUUCAGCAUCUGGAGCUUUGUGAUCAUAGUCUUCUAUGUAUGCUAUGGGGUGCACUCUACAUACUCUGCAGAAGAAAAUGACAUCAAUGCAAUGAUCCAUCAUUCAAAUUUGGACAUAUCUUAGCAGCAGUAGGGUAACUAUAUGCCACAAGUUACAUUUGAGAUCAAUAGAUAGCAAUUAGGACAUCUUAGAGAUGGUCCCAGGCCUAAAGAAGAUGGUGCAAAAGAUAGGCUUACUUUUGCUUUAGGCAAUCCCUUCUUUUCCUGCUUUUGUGCUUGCUGAUUGGCCCAAAACUAUUGGCAUCUACCUACUUUCUCUCAAAGUGUAUAUGCGGAAUUGUGCAAGGCAUGUGUUUGUUUGACCAGAGACCUGAAUUUAUCUAUUUUCAC